GCCGACAGCGCCGGUUUUUAGGUUACCUAUGAAGACAGUUGACUAAAAUAUCAAACUAUGAAGGAAACGUCCCCCAAGAACAGUCACCUGACAGUUCCGAGUCCAGAAUGGAUGCUGCUGACGCUGAACAGGCAAGAACAGCGAGUCAUAGUAGUUUUGUUGACCUGCUGCCUCCGGAAGUCACUUGUAAAAUCUUCAGCCAGUUAGACAUUCAGAGUCUGUGCAGAGCUUACGAGACGUGCCAGAGUUGGAAUCACAUGAUAAAAAACAAUGAUGCCUUGUGGAAGCCUCACUGCUUGACCGCGAGAGCUGUGUGCCCGAGAGAAAUCAACAGUGACAUCGAACACAAUUACACCUGGCGGGAGAUAAUCAAAAGAAAUUACCAGAAGAGCAAAGUGAAACGCGCGUGGCUCAGUGGAAGAUACAGCAACAUACGUUCUCCUCUGAACCUGCCGAAAAGCUUAAUGUACCCAAUGGAUGGGGAUACGUGGGGAGAAAUUCUAGAUGUAGAACUGAAAAGAUAAGUUGAAGAAUCUCAGUAGAUCUCAUGGCUUUGAUCGCACAUAACUAAAAUGACUGGAACUUCAAGAGACCUUUUAAAAUCUGAUAAUGUUUUUCUCAGUUUUAAAAAAAAAAAUCUAGCAUUUAAAAGAAAACUGAGUUGACCAUGAAGCUUUGUUUGUAUUUUGCACUUUA